GGUAGUGGGAUCACUACAAGCAGCUCUUCUCAGCAGGCUUCUAGCUCAUAAUCAGUUCGCUCCUCGCAGAGUGUGUUUCUAAUCUGAUAAGAAUAGAACAAUCUAAGAAACUCAUCCAGCACAAUGGUUGACCAAGCUGUUCUCGACAAAUUGGAAGCUGGCUUCAAGAAAUUGGAAGCCUCCGACUCCAAGUCGCUCUUGAAGAAGUUCCUCACCAGGGAAAUCUUCGAUAACCUCAAGACCAAGAAGACCUCUUUCGGUUCCACCCUUCUUGAUGUUAUUCAGUCUGGUUUGGAGAACCACGACUCCGGCGUUGGCAUCUACGCCCCAGACGCAGAAGCCUACACCGUUUUCGCUGAUUUGUUCGACCCAAUCAUCGAAGACUACCAUGGUGGAUUCAAGAAGACCGACUCUCACCCAGCCAAGAACUGGGGUGAUGUAGCCACCUUCGGCAACUUGGACCCUGCUGGUGAAUACGUUGUCUCCACCCGCGUCCGUUGCGGUCGCUCCAUGGAGGGAUACCCAUUCAACCCAUGCUUGACCGAGGAGCAAUACAAGGAGAUGGAACAGAAGGUCUCCACCACCCUCUCUGGACUCGAGGGUGAAUUGAAGGGAACUUUCUUCCCAUUGACUGGCAUGUCCAAGGAUGUCCAGCAAAAGUUAAUCGAUGACCACUUCCUCUUCAAGGAAGGUGAUCGUUUCCUUCAAACCGCCAACGCUUGCCGCUUCUGGCCAUCCGGACGUGGCAUCUUCCACAACGAUAACAAGACCUUCUUGGUCUGGUGCAACGAGGAAGAUCAUCUCCGUCUCAUCUCCAUGCAAAUGGGUGGCGAUCUUGGUGAAGUUUACCGUCGUCUCGUCACUGCCGUCAACGACAUUGAGAAGCGUGUUCCUUUCUCCCACAACGACAGAUUGGGUUUCCUCACUUUCUGCCCAACCAACUUGGGAACCACCGUUCGCGCCUCCGUGCACAUCAAGGUCCCCAAGCUUGCCGCCAACAAGGCUAAGCUCGACGAAAUCGCCGCCAAAUACAACUUGCAAGUCCGUGGAACCCGUGGUGAGCACACCGAAGCCGAAGGUGGUAUCUACGAUAUCUCCAACAAGAGACGUAUGGGACUUACUGAAUUCGACGCCGUCAAAGAGAUGUACGAUGGCAUUGCUGAACUCAUCAAGAUGGAGAAGGAAGCCUAAGUAUUCAACAACCAAUCCAACAUUCAACAUCUUCAAACAACAACGCAAUACCGCACUGUAUUCUUUGUAAUAGCAAAGACUCAACUGUACCAAAACAAAAAACAUGUAAUUCAUUAUCCAAAAUUUCAAACAUCGUGAUCAGAUCCGAAUUAUUAACGAUUCGGAAUCAGUGAUUACUUAGCCAAAGAUUGGUGUUUUUGGACUUAUUUUUAGUGUAUACUCAGCUUAUAGUCAGCGUUGUUUUUAAAA